UCAACAGUAGUGUCAUUGUGGGGCUGAUUCUCUGUUUGAAUCUGUCCUGGCCAGGUGUGCUGCUGCGGCUGCCCAGUGGUCCACUAUGGCCCAGAACCAGGUGAUCCUGCAGUUCCGAUUCGCCACGUUUGGGGACUCCAUGCUGCAGAAGAUGAACCUUCUCCGACACCAGAGACGCUUCUGCGACGUCGUCGUUCGCAUCAACCAGCUGGAGGUCCCCGGCCAUAAAGUGGUGUUUGCUGCCGGCUCGUCUUUCCUGAGAGACCAGUUCAUCCUGCAGCAGGACUCCAGGGAGGUCCAGAUCUCCAUGAUUCAGGAGGCGGAAGUUGGCCGGCAGCUGCUGCUCUCCUGCUACACCGGCCAGCUGGAGUUUCCUGAGCUGGAGCUCGUGCAUUACCUGACGGUGGCCAGCUUCCUCCAAAUGGGCCACAUCGUGGAGCAGUGCACCCAAGCCCUCAACAAGUUCAUCAAACCUCAGGCCUCACGCCAGCUGGAGGUGGAUCUGGACCUGCGGAGGGAAAAGGGAGACGAGGGUCCGUCCUCCCAGGCUCAAAGGGAGCAGGAGCGGUCUCAGGUGCGGAUUGUACCUGAGGGAGAGGAGGAGGAUGAGGAGGAAGAGGAGGAGGACGAGACGGUGGUGAUGGGAAAGGUGGAGAGAGACAAUAACGUCGAGAGUGACGACGACGAGGACGACGAUGUCAUAGUCCAGCCGUCCAUGAGCCCCGUCCAGGUGUGGCGGAGGCGUUCGAGGCCCGGUUUGGCGGAUAACGACAUCACCAUAGUGAAAGUGGAAUCUGUGACCGACGUAGCGGAGAACACCAUCACCGGCCACUUCUCCGCUAGCCCCCCAGCUGCGCUGCACUCCCCGGAGCCGCAGCACUCGCUCAUCAACUCCACCGUGGACAGCCGUGGCAGCGAGAUGGCGGCUCCGCCGGGCAUGGCGGGUUACCCGCUCAGCCCGCCUCCCUCGUCCCCGCUCACCGAGAAGCACGUCGGACACCAGCGGAGCUACGACAAGCCUCUGCAGUGGUACCACCAGUGCCCCAAGUGCGCCCGAGUCUUCCGGCAACUGGAGAACUACGCCAACCACCUCAAGAUGCACAAGCUGUUCAUGUGCCUGCUGUGCGGGAAGACCUUCACGCAGAAGGGCAACCUGCACCGGCACAUGCGCGUCCACGCCGGGAUCAAGCCCUUCCAGUGCAAGAUCUGCGGCAAGACGUUUACCCAGAAGUGCUCGCUGCUGGAUCACCUGAACCUGCACAGCGGGGACAAGCCGCACCGCUGCAACUACUGUGAAAUGGUGUUUGCUCACAAGCCCGUGCUGCGCAAGCACCUCAAACAGAUCCACGGCAAGAACAGCUUUGACAACGCAAAUGAGGGCAGUCUGCACGAGGGCGGACUGGAGUUUGAUUUUGGACGAAUGUAAAGUUUUUUUUUAAUUUUUUUUUUAAGUAAGGUGAUUGAUUUUUCAAAGAUCCUCACUGUGGUCAGCCUGUACAGUUGACACCAGAAGUUUACAUACACCGCAAGGUUUACCCCAGAAAACUUGCUAAGCCCUGUGGUUGGUAGCUAGGGCAGUCAUCAGCCAGUGGCCCAUCGUGUUUUUCAGUUAAAACACCAACAAUAACGUCUUAAAAAAUGCAAACAUUAUAAAAAUACUUAAUUACUUCAGUAAUUAAGCUUUACUUGUGCCUGGUAGGGGCACAAGUAAAGCCUGGUGUCCCACCAGGCUGAUAAAACACUGAGGGAAACCCUGCAUUGCAUAAAAAGACACAAACAUUUCUUUUGUUUGUUUUUAUUUUAUUAUUGUCUGACCAAAUGUCUCUUGUUUCAGGUCAGGUAGAAUUGCCUAAAUUAUUAUUAUGUUGCUAAACAACAAAAACUUGGCAAGAAGAUUUUUUUUCAUAACUUAUUUCAAACAAAGACGUUUGAAUACAGUUGAGUAUCAGGAAUCCUUUUUUUUUUUUUAGCUGCAUCACUUAAGUCAAACCUUUUGGGUUUCCUUUUGCAUACUUCUAAUAGAUUAACUGAGCUGACACAUUUGAGUUAUUUGGAGACACACAUGUGGAUGGAUGUAUUUUAAGGCCACAUCUGAAACCCACUGCUUUCCUGUUUGACACUGGCCUGGUAAAAUCCUGUUCUUUGUUCUACACUUCACUUUGUGCAGUGAGUCUGGAAGGUCAAAAGAAAUCAGCCACUAUAUCAGGAAGAGAACUGUAGAGCUUCCCAGAUCUGGUUCAAUUCAGGAACAAUCUCCAGAUGCUGCAUUCGUGGUCCGUGGUGAAUGGCCUGUGCUGCUCUUUAUUCAGUCCAGAGGACCCCAAAGCGCUUUAGGGGUAAUGGGUUAUGCCGGUUCUGUUAGGAGGAACAAACCAGAACUCCGGCAAACUAUUGGGAGACAUUUGAGCAAGGAAACCCAAAAGAUUUAACUCAACUCAUACAGUUUAAUAAAACAGUUACCCCUGAUAUUGACCAAAUGUAUGCUAACCUCUGACUUCUGAGUUCAAAGAAAGU